GAUAAGUGGGCUCUCUCCACCUAAUUUCUGCACUAAGUAAAGGCACGGUUGUAGAGCUUAAAUGAAAGGAGGAAGAGUCUCCUUUUGUGCAAUCACUACACCACUACCAUUACAGACCAUCAUAUGCGAACCAAAGAGAGUGUGAGAAAGAAAGAAAGAAAAGAGGAAGAAACCACUCUUCUGUGGCCUGGGUUAGGGUAAUAUGGAGGUCCGGAAGCCAAAUACGAAGUCAGAAUCGCCAUUGGAGGUUCGUAGAAGCUCAUGGGAGGCUCGUCGAAAAGUUGCGUCGGCGGCACCGGCGUCGUCGACUUCAACAAAACUCCAAAAGGCUGGUACCAUGACAAAGAGGACGAUCCCAGGAGCAUCCCAGUUUCGACGAAAUUAAAUUUGGAGGUCUGUAGAUACCUCGUCGGAGCUUCGCCGGAACGUCGCCGGA